AUGGUUCAUGGAAUUCUACUGAGAUAUGGUGAUCCUACCUUCAAUUCCAAAAACACCAGCAGUGACCGUAGCCCAUCCACUUGCGGGGGCACCGACAUCAAUUUAAAGUGCCCGUUUCAAUUUAGUGGUGAUGAUCCAGAUUUGUGCCGUAACCCUAUUGAAUUCUCUUGUGAAAAUAAUCGCACUGUUCUAUCCUUGAGUAGUGUUGGUUCCUAUCGGGAGAUACAGCAGUAUAACUUUUCUGUGGAGCUAAACAGUAUUGAUUAUGAGAAACAGACACUUCGUAUAUUUGAUCCCGGAGUGCAAAAGAACAACUGUUCUACUCUGCCAGUCUACCCAUUACAGCCAAACGACUACUAUUAUCAACCUGGUGCGGGUUAUGACAUGGAGAUUGAUGCUGAUAUUGUGAAAGCUCCACCCGGUUAUUACAGCUAUGUUGUGGUUGGUGAAAGUGUGGUGGCAUCUGAUAUUGAAGAGUCGUGCACUGUCUAUAAGACAGCUCCUGUAGACCUGCGGUGUCUCCCUAAAGCAUCAGCAGGAGAUAUUUCGUUUCAAGACAUCCACAAUCUUCUGUCCAAUGGCCUUGAGCUCGGUUGGCAUUUGAGCAGUAGAUCCUUUCUUUGCGAUGUGGCUCUCGUAUUGGCAGAAAUCUCCGGAUUCGUCAUCGGACAUGUCUUCGCCCCAAUUGCAAAUUACAUUUAUAUUGGUGGCAUAGUUUCGGUUAUACUAUAUGCAGCAAUAAAAGUCAUUGGCAUUAUCCUCUUGUUUGCUUUCCUCCUUUAUCGGUGUCGUUGGAGGCAUUUAUCGAGGUAUGAUACAAUAGAAGAUUUCCUACAAGCAAACAACAGCCUCAUGCCCAUUAGGUACUCAUACAAAGAAAUUAAGACAAUGACAAAAAAUUUUGAGGAGAAACUAGGUGAAGGAGGCUAUGGUUUGGUUUACAAAGGCAAAUUGCGCAGUGGGGGUGUAGUUGCCGUCAAGAUGCUGAGCAAAUCAAAAGCUAAUGGGCAAGAGUUCAUCAAUGAAGUUGCAACUAUUGGAAGAAUACACCAUGUGAACGUUGUUCGUUGGAAACAAGUUUGUGAGAUUGCAAAGGGGGUUGCUCGUGGCAUUGAAUACUUGCAUCAGGGGUGUGAUAUGCAAAUUUUGCAUUUUGAUAUUAAACCACAUAACGUCUUACUGGAUGAGAACUUUGUUCCAAAAGUUUCGGACUUUGGACUUGCAAAACUUUACCCGAUGCAAAAGAGUAUUGCAACUCUUACUGCUGUGAGAGGAACUUUAGGUUACAUGGCCCCGGAGUUGUUCUACAAAAAAAUUGGAAGAGUCUCGCAUAAGACAGACAUUUACAGCUAUGGAAUGUUACUAAUGGAGAUGGCUGGAAGGAGGAGAAAUGUGGAUGCUUGA